AUGUCAAGCAGAGACACAAGGCUAGGAGACAACACACAAAACAAAGACACAAGGCUAGAAGACAAAACGUCAAGCAGACACACAAGGCUAGGAGACAAAAUGUCAAACAGAGACACACGGCUAGGAGAAAACACACCAAACAGAGAAACAAGGCUAGAAGAAAACACGUCAAACAGAUACACAAUGGUAGAAGACAACACAAAACAGACACGCAAGUCUAGGAGAAAACACACCAAACAGAUACACAAGGCUAGAAGACAAAACGUCAAACAGAGACACAAGGCUAGAAGACAACACACAAAACAGAGACACAAGGUUAUGAGACAACACAUCAAACAGAGACACAAGGCUAGAAGACAAAAUGUCAAACAGAGACACAAGGCUCGGAGAAAACACAUUAAACAGACACACAAGGCUAGGAGAGAACACACCAAUCAGAGACACAAGGCUAGAAGACACAAGGCUAGAACACAACAUACCAAACAGAGACACAAGGCUAGGAGUCAACACAUCAAACAAAGAUACAAGGCUAGAAGACAACACACCAAACAGAUACACAAGGCUGGGAGACAAAAUGUCAAACAGAGACACAAGGCUAGGAGACAACACACAACACAGAGACACAAGUCUAGGAGACAACAAACCAAACAGAUCGAAAGGCUAGAAGACAAAACGUCAAACAGAGACACAAGGCUAGGAGACAACACACCAAACAGAGACACAAGUUUAGGAGACAUCACACCAAACAGAGACACAAGGCUAAAAGACAACACACCAAACAGAUACACAAUGGUAGAAGACAACACAAAACAGACACACAAGUCUAGAAGACAAAACGUCAAACAGAGACACAAGGCUAGAAGACAACACACAAAACAGAUACACAAGGCUAGAAGACAAAACGUCAAACAGAGACACAAGGCUAGAAGACAACACACAAAACAGAUACACAAGGCUAGAAGACAAAACGUCAAACAGACACACAAGUCUAGAAGACAAAACGUCAAACAGAGACACAAGGCUAGAAGACAACACACAAAACAGAUACACAAGGCUAGAAGACAAAACGUCAAACAGAUACACACGGCUAGAAGACAAAACGUCAAACAGAGACACAAGGCUAGAAGAAAACACACCAAACAGAUACACAAGGCUAGAAGACAAAACGUCAAACAGACACACAAGUCUAGGAGAAAACACACCAAACAGACACACAAGUCUAGGAGACAACACACCAAACAGAUACACAAGGCUAGAAGACAAAACGUCAAACAGAGACACAAGGCUAGAAGACAACACACAAAACAGAGACACAAGGCUAGGACACAACACACCAAACAGAGACACAAGGCUAGGAGACAACACACAAAACAGAGAGACAAGGCUAGGACACAACACACCAAACAUAGACAAAAGUCUAGGAGACAACACACAAAACAGAGAGACAAGGCUAGGAGACAACACACAAAACAGAGAGACAAGGCUAGGACACAACACACCAAACAUAGACAAAAGUCUAGGAGACAACACACAAAACAGAGAGACAAGGCUAGGAGACAACACACAAAACAGAUACACAAGGCUAGAAGACAAAAUGUCAAACAGAGACACAAAGACACAAGGCUAGAAAACAACACACCAAACAGGGACACAGGGCUAGAAGACAACACACAAAACCGAGACACAGGUCUAGGAGAUAACACACCAAACAGAUACACAAAGCUAGAAGACAAAACGUCAAACAGAGACACAAGGCUAGGAGACAACACACAAAACAGACACAAGGUUAGGAGACAUCACACCAAACAGAGACACAAGGGUAGAAGACAAAGCAUCAAAUAUAGUCACAAGGUUACACAACACACCGAACAGAGACACAAGGCUAGGAGACUGCACACCAAACAGAGACACAAGGCUAGAAGACAACACACCAAACAGAGACACAAGGCUAGGAGACAACACACAAAACAGAUUCACAAGGCUAGGAGACAACACACAAAACAGAGAGACAAGGCUAGGAGACAACACACCAGACAGAGACACAAGGCUAGAAGACAAAACACCAAACAGAGACACAAGGCAAGAAGACAAAGCAUCAAAUAUGGUCACAAGGUUAGACAACACACCAAACAGAGAUUCGUGUCUAGAAGACAACACAUCAAACAGAGGCUCAAGUCUUGA